UGGACAAAGGAUUUACGUUUUUCUCCCUUUCUUACCCUCUCAUCGUCUGGAGAAUGUAUGGAGGAAGAAUACGUGGAAACCUCAGAUCCUGAAGAAAUCGGAUAUCAUUAUGUUUGGAGAAAGUCUGGUAACGGACAACGCGUUUUGGACACUGUCAGAGCGCCCUUUGGGACCGUGAGCAAGCGUGUCAGGCUUUCUCCUGUCAGUCCGACACAGGAUUCGUGUUCAGUUGACACCUACGUCAAUAGCGAAGAUAACGAAGUGCCUAUGGAUUCUGACGCGUCCCAAGACCCACUUUUGAUCCAGACAGCCAGUACACCUCCAGAAACAGAAUUAAUGGAAUAUACGGACCCGUUGACACCAACCACGAGCAUCUUAUCUGUUCGCCGUUUUCAGUUAUCUUCCCCCUCAGGCUCACAUUCCCCUCCAAACUCUCAAGAUCCUCUCCGAAUGUCUCCCCAAAGGUCGAAGGAUCCCUUCGAGCCCGAAGCCCCUGUCUUAGCAAUUCCGGCGUCGCCCUCAUCCCCCAGACAACCUGCAGAAGACGGAGACGGUUUAAUGCUAUUUUCACCCGCAUCACCCCUCUCUUCACCCCCGCCCUCACCUAACUCUCCUCGGAAUAUUCGUCAAAGGCAAACUUUGGAGAGAAGUCCUUCUCCCAUACAGGCUUUGGACUUAAACGCCCCUUCCCCCGAGCCUCAAGGCCGUAGCCCCCGUAAGGAAUCUGGACUUGUCGAUGGUAUAUCGCAUAUCGAUCCCUCAAGAGAUCCACCCCGAUACACCCUUCGCCAGCGCACAAAACGGCAAGAAAAACCGUACUUGUUCGACUUAGCUGAAUACAAGACUAUUCUACGGCACGUUCCCGAGGCGAUUGUCAAUCAUCGAAGCCCCCGACGAGGCGGCCAUCAACGUGGCCUUCAAGAUCAGUAUGAAGAAGAAGAAUCGCAAGACCUUGCCUAUCAAGCCUCUGAUGACGGUGAGAACGAUGGACUUCUUUCUCGCCGUAGAAGAGCUGGGUCCCCCCGAUCCCCUCAUGCUACUGAUAGCCUUCCAAGGCUACCAGAAUCGGACGAGGAGGAUCGAAGGCAAGUAGCCGCGCUGAGAAAAGAAUGGCGGGUUAUGGAACGUCAGAGGAAAAGUGAGGCCAAUGCUGCUCAGGAAGAAACUCGUCGAAAGAAGAAAAACACAGUUCAUUCAUUUCCUCUAAAUAAUUCAUCAAAUGAGAGGACCAGUGCUGCGCCCGAACCACCUGUCAGGCAACGGCGGGAUACCUCAUCGCCCUCGAAUCAUAGGACAAGGAGAUUUUCUCCCUCUGAAGUUGAUGCCUUAGCGAACUCACCAGCGCAUUCUCUUCAUCCGCCAUCACCCAGAGAUCCUUCGUCGUCAUUUUCUGCAAGCCCUCCUGCCCUUCCCUACUUGCCCCUUCCAAACCAAUCUCAUCAUUCAAGCUCUCCUACAUCGCUGUCUGCGCCAACCUUUGUGGAGAAUACCUACGAUAGUCCCAUCGUAAUCGACAGUGAGCGCGAAACUAAUUCUCCCACACCUAUGGUCCUUCCCAUUGCCGAGAGCGAGUCUGACCUCGAUGAAGCACCUUUCCGUUCCUCACCUCGUAGAAACAGCCUGCGACGAACACAACCCCUAACACCAGACUCCGAUGCGUCCGAUUUCGAAUCUGCUGCUGCGAAAAAAGCACGUCGCAGAAUGAAAACCCUGAAUAGGAUGUAUCCUACGUUCAUGCUCUCGGCUUUGGAUAAGGAAGUGGAGAAAAAACGACGGCGACAGCGACAGUGCGAUACGUCUGCUCCUUUAGACGCCAAAAUGGCGCUGGGACAUGCCAGAAAAACAUUGAGGAAAGGGAAAGCUUUAGCAAAUGUCAAAGGAGAUAGUGAAACCUCUGAUGAAGACCUGAAAAGAGGACGGAGCACACCGCGCCCCUCUCGUUCACCAUCCGGGGUAAACACAUCUUUAGCUCGGCGCUCAUAUUCUCCCAACCUUUUCAACACGCCCUCGACCUCUUCCCGCGAUCAUUCAAGUCGCAUUCGCCCUGUCAAUGAUCAUCAAGUCGUCACUCAUAAACAUACCGAUGUGAUAGAUAUCUCUGACGAUUCGUCCGAAUCGGAAUGUUCCUCCUCCUCAUCUGAGAUCGAUGAUACCGAAAUCACCUCAUAUGUUCAUGGUGUAAACCCCAGCAAAGCUGGCCUUAGUUAUCCUCGGCAGGAGAAUCUCAUCGAUUAUAUGCUUGCUAAAAAUUGUCGCAUUGGUCGAAAACAGAGGUCAGGUGAGCGGAAAGUCAAAGGGAAAGGGAAAGGACGAAGAAGUGGGCGCAAUGAAUACGACUACAGUGGAAAAGACGGAGGGCCGGAUGGGCUGUCACGCGGUCAGAACUAUAAACAAAAACAAAUUACAUUCAAAAAUCAUCGAACCAGCCGUUCUGAGUCUACAUCCGUUUCAAGCCGUCUUGCUUCCUUGGAUAACAGACAACGUUUUACCGCAAGGUCCUACUCUCCGGAACUCAGUGAGAGGUACUGUAGUUCCUCUCGCUCUCCAAGUCGUAAUGACCAACCCCGCCGUGCUACACAACACCCUGUAAACAUUACCGAAACCGACAAACACAAGAAAACCAAGAAGCAGAGAGACAAGGAAAGACGAAAUCGAGCUAAAACCAACAACAUCUACGUCUUCCCCGGCAAUGGCACAUCAAUCACAACCGGUCGGCGGAGAGGCUUUGUUAACUUUGCGGGUGGAGAGCGUGGGGAGGUUUAUGAUCUCCAACAAGCGAGUGAUCGACGGCGAAGGCGAAGACAUCGAAAGGAUGGGAGGGAUGAGAAGAAUAUCAGAGAGAAAGACUUAAUUGACGAAGAUUUCCGAAGCGCUAUCGCGUCUGCUCCGAAGAUAUCCAAGCCAAAACCGCAAUUUACUUGUGUACCCAAAGCCGUAUACCAGCAGGCAAACGCGGCAGAGGAACUCAGAGCUCAAGUCCGGAAUACACCUCUCGAGAUGAAGGCAGAACAAUCGCCGGAAGUCUCCGACAACAAGCCUCUGAUUUGUGGUAUAACAUUUGGACCCUCCACCUACAUAGGCAAAGGAAUACUCUCACAGCUCCUCGACGGGUCAGAUAAUACAAUGACAAUCUCUUACUCUGCACACGGCUUCACCGUAAACUCCCUAACAUCGUCAAUAGAUCUUCAAACCAUGUUACCUGGGAUAUGCAAUGGGGUAUUGGAGAGUCUCAACGAUUUGCCAGACGAUGACGAUGAUGCCCGAUAUCGGGAAUGGGAAUCUCUUCUUCGUGGCGUUUGUCGGGCGAUUUCCCUGCGCAUGUCGAAAGGCGAAGCAAGGGAAACCGGCGAGGAGGCCCUCAAAGCGUCUAUCCGCGACCAGUCUACGAAAAUUGUUUCUCGAUUGCAGGACGCUAGUGUUGACCUACCUGUAUUGAAUCUAUGUUGGUUUGCCGUUGAAAUCCUCCUUCGAGCCGCCUUCAGUCCGACCUCUCCCCCACUAUAUAGUGCCAUGAAACUUCUGGUCACGCACGCCUUCCGAUUUGGCAUUUCAAAAGCGUUGUCGCACGUCCGGAAUAAUAAGCAUCUAACAGACUCCUCUUCCAUGUCUCAACGUAUUGCGGAACUGUGGGUCUGCCUUUUUCAUGUCACACCGGGCAAUGCCUUCUGGAAACUAGUUGAAGAUGUCUUUCAGGAUAGGAUGGGUGAUGGUGAUGGUCUAGACACGAGCGAAGCGAUUUGGAGCAGUCUCUCCGGGUUGUGUGCAUUGGCCCAGUUCACCGUUCAUGGAGUUACCACAUCCAAUUCUCGGUUGCCUCCUGCAUGGAACAUUGUUUCCCUCGCCCUCAAGCAAGUGCGACUGGGAGCCGAUCACAAUAUAGAUGAUCAUCUCUCAAGCAAAACACUCCAGACCCGUGAUCGAUACAUCCGCUUGCUGAUGGCGCGCUGUUUCUUAUUAAAUAGUCUUUGGAAGUGGAAACUCGACAGCCCUGCUUCAUCGACAGUACUGAAUCAAUUGCUGGAGAUUUUUAGGAGCCGAAACUUUGCUAACCUCGUUGGAGAAAAAAAACCCGAUUUCCCAGCUUUCUUUUCCACUCAUAACUGGAGACUCUGUUCGCAAUACAAUGAGAAUGAUACUGCUUUUGAGCUCUACCUCAAGCUGAUUGUCCAAGCAGCAGGCGGAGCGGAGACCGACGGUCUGGGUGGCCGCAUCGUCAGUCCUCGGAUUAGGAAACUUUUGUCUCUGGUUACCCCACAGAGUGCUUUGACCUUUGGGAUCGACGGGUCUUCGAGUCCGGACGUUUCCAUGUUGUACAACCGGGUUGCUGCUGUCUCUUUAACCAUCUACUUGGAUCCCUCUACUCAUGCCUCCAGGUUGAGUCACGCCAGGAAAUACAUCAACUUUCAGGAGGCAGACGCAAACACGCGAACGGUGUUCAUCCAGUGCCUUAUGCGGCUUUCAAUGUUGAUGGUAAUUUCGCGCAUACCCAUGACGGAAACUUUUGCCUGGUUUGGGGAUAUUGGUAAUGUUUUGGCGCGGGAAGUCAAAAAUAAAGGCAGCGCGUUUAACAAAGCCGUCAUUCACAUCAAUCUCCUACUACGUUCUUUGCGAUACAUUAUUGUUUCGUAUGGAGAAAUUAGGGAGUAUCCUGACCCUGGCUUUUUUGUGCCUCUCGCUCAUCUGUUUCACGCGCUGUGCGGGACCGAAAACGACAUGACGACCCUGGAACUCAUGCGCUUGAUUCAGUCCUUUCUCUCGGAAAGGGCGAAGAUCGUACCCGCACCGAUACGACCCAGUCUCCCUGAGACGGAAACGGAAGAAUCGCAAGAAACUCAGUAUGAUGAUGAACAAUGGGAUAUGAAUGACCCACACCUUUUGGCCGCACUUGACAACGAUUCGAUGGCGCCUUCAGUUAAUUACGCGUCAAAGGACUCCGAAGUUGUGACUGGUCGAAAACUAGAUGGCAUUCGUUGGUUGUUCUUCCGAGCGUUCAAGGAUUAUAUUCAGAAGACCAAACUCGAUGAAACACUUCUCGUUCGGGCUGAAGAUUUUUUAGAUGCUUGGCUUGGGUGUGUGGAUUUGAUCCUCCGUCAUGACACGAAGAACAAGACGUGGCUUCAUGCCCUAGAGAUGGGUAGAAAAAUAUGGUCUUCCUUACCAGAUGUCAGGAGAAAGCGUCGUAUCAAGAUACGAUUUAUGUUUAAUAUGCUGAGGCUAGAGCCCAAGUCUUAUCUCGAAUUCCCUGAUCGAUCAUUGGAAUGUCUGCUGCCAGCAUUACUCCCUGUUACAGUGCCUUCCGAGUUAACGAUAGAAAACGAAUUUCUAUCGCUCCUGCUUUCGAUUGACGGCCCACGGCACCCUUUACUCCGAAGUCUUCCCUUUGGUCGUCCGAGCUCGGCUGUCGAUUAUAACAUCUCCGUUUCCGAGUUACAAAGUGCUCGUUGGGGAGCAUUACGCAAUAUAUUUACCACCGUGAAUGAAAGUCUACAACGUGGUGAAAACGGGCCAGAAGCGGAAGGUCAAAAGUAUCUUGGUUGGUGUAUCGACUUCUUGUCUCUCCUCCGUGAUCUGGGUCAAGUGAGUUGCUCAGAAAUCAUGUCCGAAGAAGCUCCGGCCGUUCUGUUUAUAUCGCAUGAUCAUGAUCACUAACGCAGCAUUUCCUUAUAGUCAUCGCCACCCUAUAUGACAAAAGAUUAUGAGAAGAGCUGUCUUCGCGUAUGGGAGUUGAUGCAGGAACAACCCCAACUGACCGCUAGGAAACAGCCACGCUUAGUUCACUGGGACAAUUGGGCGUUGAACUUGAGGCGAUGUUCAGAAGGUGUCGACCGCUUAACACUGGUUAAUUGAGUUGGGAGGUCAGGCGAACAAGGAACUAUGUGCCUCGAGGAAGUUGAAUUGUCAUAAGUCGUCGAACUGUUCUAUCACAGAAGCCGUGCAUUAUCUUGAUAACUGGAGCCCAGAAUGGGGCUCGCCGCUCAGGUAGAGAUCCACGUUAUGAUUGACGAAGUUUGUGUUUCGCAGACACCCUGAAAUAUGACUGAAAUAUAGAUGCCUGUGCCGCAC